CUCUUUCGCAGCCGCCAUCGUCGGGACGCCGAGCCGCGCAGCGCUAUGUCGUCUCACAAGACCUUCAAGAUCAAACGCUUCCUCGCGAAGAAGCAGAAGCAAAACCGCCCCAUUCCUCAAUGGAUUCGCAUGAAAACGGGCAAUAAGAUCAGGUACAACUCCAAGAGGAGACACUGGAGAAGGACCAAACUGGGCUUGUAAGAGAGACUGUCUCCUGGGAGCUCUAAUAACACUUGUCUUUCUGCAUCAGAUUGAUACACCCCCAAACGCUGAUCAACAACCCUCAUGUCAUUCCUUCUGUAGUGCUGGACUGCAGUGCUCAGUUCUUGUUCCGUGAGCCAGUCCAGGCUCAUGACAUUAACAGGAAUAAUAUCAAAGCAUUUGGCAUCUGAAACAUUAAGACUGUGUUCUAUUAGUGUUCUUUUUUUCGGGCAUCAGAAGUAUUAACAGUGUACAGGCUUGUUAAUAAAUAUGGACCUGAAUGAA